UCCACAGUAGCCAGGUUCUAUCCCGAGCAGUGCUGUAACUGUGCUGGUCCUGGGCUGGUGAGCAGGGGUCGGGUUUUGGAUCUUUUUAUUUCUAGAGCCUAAGAGGAGGCACUCGGGAGAGUUACAACGAGUGGCUAAAAACCUAUUUCCACGUUUCUUUACAUUCAUUCAUUUACUGAAUACUUAGAUCAUAAAUGUGCACAGGGCACUCUGGGGACUACGGAGAUUUAAUUCAAGACUAGUAAUACUCCUAUGACAAUGAAAGAAAUGAAUAGAAUGACUCCUUCCAAUGAACAGACUCCUUUGGAUUUCCUCGUAAGGCAGAGACCUAUGGGAGUUAUUGGAGGUGACCCCGACGCCGAUCUACCCUUUGCCCCAGCCCGCCCUAAUCGACGGGCUCAGUUGCUUCUACUUUAGUCUGAGGCGCAGAACCAGAGCGAGGGCUCUUGGGAGGAAUCUCGUCCAGCGGCGGUAGAUUAGUCAGGCCUGAAAAAGAUGGCGUCCUCGGAGCAGGCAGAGCAGCCGAAACAGCCGAGCUCUACUCCAGGAAGCGAAAAUGUGGUGCCUCGAGAGCCGUUGAUUGCCACAGCAGUGAAGUUUCUACAGAAUUCCCGGGUCCGCCAGAGCCCACUUGCGACCAGGAGAGCGUUCCUUAAGAAGAAAGGGCUGACUGAUGAAGAGAUUGACCUGGCUUUCCAGCAGUCGGGCACUGCUGCCGACGAGCCUGCACCCCUGGGCCCAGCCACGCAGGUGGUUCCUCUGCAGCCUCCCCACCUCAUUUCGCAGCCAUGCAGCCCCGCAGGCUCCCGGUGGCGGGAUUACGGUGCUCUGGCCAUCAUCCUGGCAGGAAUCGCAUUCGGCUUCCACCAGCUCUACAAGAAGUACCUGCUGCCCCUCAUCCUGGGUGGCCGCGAGGACAGGAAGCAGCUGGAGAGGAUGGCGGCGAGUCUCUCCGAGCUGAGUGGCAGUGUGGCCCAGACAGUGACCCAGGUGCAGACGACGCUGGCCUCCGUGCAGGAGCUGCUGAGGCAGCAGCAGCAGAAAGUCCAGGAGCUGGCCCAUGAGCUGGCCACCGCCAAGGCCACCUCGUCCACCAACUGGAUCCUGGAGUCCCAGAACAUCAGCGAGCUCAAGGCGGAGAUUAACUCCCUGAAAGGGCUGCUUUUGAAUCGGAGGCAGUUCCCGCCGUCACCGUCGGCCCCCAAGAUCCCCUCCUGGCAGAUCCCUGUCAAGGCGCCGUCACCCUCCAGCCCCGCAGCCGCCAACCAUCACAGCAGCAGUGACAUCUCCCCGGUGAGCAACGAGUCCACGUCGCCGUCACCCGGGAAGGAGAGCCACAGCCCUGAGGGCUCCACGGCCGCCUACCACCUGCUGGGCCCGCAGGAGGAGGCCGAGGGUGCGGUGGACGUGAAGGGCCAGGUGCGCAUGGAGGUGCAGGGCGAGGAGGAGAAGCGGGAGGACGAGGAGGACGAGGAGGACGACGUGGGCCGCGCGGACGAGGAGGACGUGCUGGGGGUGCAGCGGGAGGACCGCCGGGGCGGGGACGGGCAGAUCAACGAGCAGGUGGAGAAGCUGCGGCGGCCCGAGGGCGCCAGCAACGAGAACGAGCUGGACUAGGGCCCCUUCAAGGGGCGCCGGCCGCGGGUGGCACUUGGCACCAGCCCCGCCCUCUGCCCACUCUGGGACAGCGGCUGGAGCUGCGCCAUACGAGGUUGGUGUGUGCCCAGCAGCCUGUCACCUCGGCCUGGUGGCCCUGGCCCAGUCCCCAAGGCGGGCGGCACCCGGGCCUGGGCUCCAGCCCUGCCCACCCUCCCGGGCCACGCCCCAUCCAGGGCAUUUGCCAAGUGUCUUGACUAACGUGGCACUGUGCAUGGCACGAGCUCGUGUUGUCACCGCCUCCUCCUCAGGGGGAGGAGCUGCAGUCCCUUGGUCUCUGCUGUCCCCUGGGCCUGGCCCUCGGCUCCUUCUUUGGCGUGUUUCCAACAGCCAGAGCCCUGGACUCACUGUCCAGCAGCAAGGGCCUGCCAAGCCCAUCCCACGUGCCCUGCCACCCUCAGCCAGUGGCAUCGCCCUGCGCUUGUGCCCUCCUUGCCCUGCUCCGCCCAGCCCAUGGCGAGACGUGGUCCCCGCUACAGUGGAGCGGUAGCAGGGCCUCCUGACCCGGGCCGCGCCGGUCCUCCCGGAAGCACGCGUCCCCCUGCGUGACCACCUACAGGUUCUGGAACAUGGGCGAGACUGUACAUAACUGUAAUAAAGACGAGUCGCCACUACCUAA